AUGAAGCCCUUCCGCAAUGUCACAUUUUGUCCAACCGGGUUUAACGACGAAGAAAUCUCAAAAAGUAUCUCUAGGAAGAUCUUGAAGCUUGGUGGAUGUUAUUCGAAGGAUCUGACGCGACAAGUUAAUGUGCUUGUGAUAGGCAAGACAAAAGAGACGAAUAAAUAUCGAUUUGCGGUACGACAUCGUCAUGAUAUCGUGUUUAUUGAUUUGAGAGCGAUAGAUGUACUUUACGAGCGAUGGUUAGCUGGUGAUGAUAUCAUUGGAGAACAGCCUGGGGUGGUUGAUCCAGUAGCGAGCGCUUUGAAUACACUUAAAACCCGCUAUAGCGCGGGACCUCUGGACAACUUCUACAUUUUCAUUGGUAGAGUUGAUUCGUUUUCGAAAGAGCGAUUAGAAGAGAUCUGCCAUACGUUAAAAUGCCACAAAUGCAAUUCUUCACACUUUGUGAAGGACUGUAAGAGUAGGAACGAUCACAAGACCGUUGUAUUUGUGACGGAUUCUUUGCAAGGUGCCCGAGUGGAGGCCGCAAUUGAACAGCAGAUACCCAUAGUUCAUUACAAAUGGAUCCUCGAUUGCCAGAGAAGAAACGCAGCCUUGGAGUUUGAUCCUUACUACCUGCUCCCCAGGAUCCCGGAAAAUCUGACCUUCGACGAGAUUGGAUUAGAGUCGUGCAAUUGUUGGGACAAUCUAUCAAAGCCGACUCCGGAAAUAGACCAUAAUAUCACUGGAGCCCCUGCAUCAUCGAAUCUGUUUCAAAAGUUUAAGGUGGAGGGCGAUAGGAUAUGGGAGAAGGCAAUGUCGAAAUCCGAUUCCAAUGAUGUGUUGAAUCAGGGUGCCGCAAGGCUUUCACCACCCCCAGAAGUCCAAGAAAAUCAACCAAGGGCUGAUGAAUCGAUUUUCCAAGGUGCCACUUUUAAUAUCUCUCACAGGUUUUCGGAGCAACAAACUGAUAUUUUGAGAAGAGUGAUAGAACAGAAUGGAGGAGUCUUACAGGCAGAAUCGCAAUAUCUGGUCAUUCCAAGUGAUUUCCCACUAGAUUUACUUGAGAAUGACGAAAUAUCUAACCAGACUUUGGUCACUGAGUUUUUCAUAGAGAGAUGUUUGAACUACAAACUCCUGAUUAGGCCACCAGACUCGUGGUCAAAACCGUUCCUCAGGAACAGGAACGUAACUCUAGUGCCUUCGCGGACGCUCUUACAUGAUGAAGGCCAGUCUUUGCAGGUGGCCAUCACAGGCUUCCAUGGAGUCGAGCUACUGCAUUUGAACAAGAUUUUGAAAGUCAUGGAACCAAUGGGAAUAAAGUUCGUGGAGUACCUGAACAAGAAAACAGACCUACUGCUAAUCAAUCUCCCAGCAUUACCUAGCAUACCUCGCGAUCACCCGUUGUGGAAGAACCAAUAUCGUGAUCUAUUUACCGCACAAUUAGAGCACGGUAACGAUAGUUCGAACCAAAUUUUGAGAAAUUCUCUGAAGCGCAAAAUUCAGUUUGUGAAGCAAGAGCAUUCGAUUCCAGUUGUGACCCCUGCAUUUUUAAUUGAUCUGCUUGCACGGACCUCGAGUUCUAACUCAAGUAGACAAACAGUAUGCUUAAACAACAUAAGUUGGUGUAUUAUAUGCCCCCGGGGGUCGAAGGAGAGUUUCGGCAUCGAAUUGGUGUUAGGAAAAGAUUCUUCCUUAUCUAAGGAGGAAUUGAAAUCAAAAAGUCCACAGAAGGCAACAAGAUCUGCCCGCAAGAGGAGAAAUUCAUCCUCCACAGAUCCGGCUAAAAGAAAGACACGGAUUGCUGAUAAACGCGCUGGCGACGCAAUCGAUCUCCCUGCCCAGCAUGCGUUGUUACCUACUUAG